CGUUAAAGAACGUGGCAACGUUUCACAUUCAAAUCUAGCAGAUCUCCCGGCUCUCGUUCGUGUGUCUCUCAUUUUUUUUUUCUCUCUCUCUCUCUCUCUCUCUAGUCUCUCACGACCAUCGUCGACGACGGCGCGUAGUGCAGUGCGAGCUCUCCAAGUUGUGUUUAUCCCCGACGACGCAGUGGUGUAUAAUAGAGAAAAAUAUCUUUUUCCUCCAUUUUACAUUAUUUUUCCAUCGUGGUUCAACGUGGUUCAUUAAUCGCGCGAUUCGCAGGAAACACGCUUUUCGGUGACACUGCUCUUGUUCGAAGUUACGCUCGCGUCUCACCACCUCUCGUCAGUCAUAGUCUCGCUCAAAUUCUAUCUCUCUCUCUCUCUCUCAUUCCAUACCGGCGACGGUUAUUGUACUAUUAAAAAAAAAAAAAAAACGUUCCUCAUCGUGUUCCACGUUUCACGCUACUAUUUCCUUCCUCGUUUUCACGCGCGAUCUAGAGGGUGAAAACGACUCUCUCUCUUUCUCUCUCACACCCUCGCAAACGACCGGGCUCAAACCGUUUGUUGCAUACACGGUGUCGCGAGUUCUCGCUCGGUUUCGCCGCUGCUAUUCUCCUCUUUCAUAUAUAUCUAUCGCGAGGCGCACGCUCCGCGAUCUACGUUGCACGAGCGUGCGCGAUUGUUCGGACGUGUGUGCACAUAUAUAUGUACAUAAAUAAUAACAAUGACGAAUACAUAACGGAUAUAUAUACACGAAUAUAUAUAUAUAUAUGUGGAUAUGUAAUAAAUAGGGGGAACGAUUCCGAGCGCCUCCUACGACGAAAACGCGCACGAUAUAAUCCCAGUGUGGAACGUCGAGAGAUGGUUAGAAAAGUGUUGGUGCAGUGGUAACGAGAGCGAGCAACGCGAUUACCAGUCAACAUAACCUAAUUUGUGUGUCGUGUGUAUGCCGUACGCGCGUGUUUGUUUGUCAUUCACCGGAGGGAAAAUAUAUGAGAAAACAGUGGUAUUUGUUUUCGUUUUUCAUUUCGUUUCCCCAACGAGCAGAGUUUUUCAAAAAUUCUUUUUAUUAUUCCGGCGCUCAAUGCGAUUAUUGUUUCUCGGUCAUAAAUGACUAUGUAUAAGAAGAAGCUACAUAUAUGAAAAUACGUCUGGAGAAAAAUGUAAGACAGAUAUAUGCCCGUUGGUGGAAAUGCUCUUGAUAAAUGACGCGUGUCAGAUGCAGCCGGGGGGACGGUUUUUCGCCGUCCAGCGCGUGUUUCGUUUACUCGUUUAAACGAGUUAAUUAUGUGCAUGGAUGUCCAGUCUAGCGAGAUGGGAGACAGGAAUUGCCUCGAUGAGGAUGUGCAGAUUGUCAGGGUGAAUGUCGAUAAAGGGACAUUCGAGAAAGUAGCGGUAAAACAAGAGCGUCCAGAUGAAGCGGAAAUCCGGGAGUUGGCUGCCAAAAUGGUGGAAGCGAACAAGGCGAAAAUAGCGGCUGGAGGGCCGGGAGCGUCGCAGAGAGCGGCGGCAGGGAUUUUACCGGGUCAGCCGAAUUUACCUGGUAUCCUUGGUUAUUUAGCGACGAAACGCCCGAACGAGAACACGACGACGACGACGUCGACGACGACGACGACGACGACGACGACGAUGACGACUACAACGACGACGACUACGACUACGACGACGACGACGACGACGACGACGACGGGGGGAAAGCUGCCACCGCCAUCGGUGAGUGCUGUGAACGAGGGAAAAGUGCCGCUGGACGAUGAGAGUCAGAGGGGGCAUUUCGGAUGGAUUACCUUCGACAAGUGUCACAUACCUUAUAUUUAUCGUGCCGGCGAAAAGUAUUGUUCCGUGAGGAUAUUAGAGUCGAAGCUUCUCAACAAGUAUCUGAGUUAUCUUCACUCGGACAUUUACAGUUGUACGUGUAUUAAAAGUUACUACAUAACCGAUGCCGAGAGUAAACUCUUCAAUGAGAUAAACAUGAGGCAUUGCGAGGGACAAUUCGGUAAGGAACAAUUUACGGUUAAAGAUUUAGUGGUCCGGGUAGCCGACGCCAAGGAAUUUUACACGUUUUUGGACGUUUGUUAUACGAAACUAACCGCGGGACAAAACGCCGCCGCGGCCAACUCGGCAUCGUCAUCCUCCACCUCCUCAUCCUCCUCUUCCUCCUCCUCCUCUUCUUCCUCCUCCGGUAUUAAGUCCGAGAAGUGCGGUUUUAUACGUAUAAACAAGGAAUCCGUAGUACCUUACACCGUUAAAGACAAUCUAAAAUAUGUUCCGCUCUUUUAUUUCGAGGGUGAAACGGACAAUCUCAAGCUCAAAGCGGAAAAACUCGAGGGUUGGGACCUGUCCUAUUUGAAAUUUUGUUGCAAGGUACAGGGUAUAAGGAACGAAUUGUUCGCGAGUGAAACGUGCUCCGUAAUCAGCUUGAGUGACAUCAAAAGCUACUUUCCACCUGGGACCGGUUUUGAGGAUUAUUGGCCGAGCAAAGUAAUGGAUUCCCAAUUAUUCGUCAGCAGUAAAGGCGGCAGCGGUAGCGGUGGCUGGACCAAACAACCGCCUACUCCACCCGCUACCAAAUCUUCCCAACACCAGCAGCUCCAAAAUAAUGCCAACAACAAAAAUUCACUCAACAAUCACCGGGUGGUCUCUUCGCUCCAGAAUAUGGUCCCCAGGAGCAACAGUGCCGCUGCCGUUGCUGCCGCUGCCGCCGCCGCCGCCGCUGCCGGGGCCACCACCAAUCUCCAACAGAUCAGCCAACAGACGCAAACUUUAAAGACACAUCCGACGCAUCUGUCGCCGAAUACCGUGUCCUCGGUAAGAUCGAGCAAUAACGCACAAUCGAUGCUCAACGUCGUCCCGACUGUGGUUAACGGAUGGUCGGGUCUCGUCGGUGGACAACCCACUUUUCAAACAUCACCGCUCGUCUCACCGCUCUCUCAGCCAAAUUCUAUUAUAAGAAUGCAAAAUCCGUCCCUAGGAAUGCAUAACCAAAUCCAAUCAACGAACAAAUCGUAUCAGCAACAACAAUCCCGAAGUAGACCGAGUAGCAGCGGUGCGCCAACUCAAUAUCCAGCGGUUUAUCCGACGACGACGAUUCAAGCUGUACCACAGGCUCAACCACCUCCGCUUGUUCGGGCUACCGUUAAUUCGAGUCAGCCGAGUCUUGGUUAUCCAACCUACGGCAAAGACGACUGGUCGGCAUCUACGUACACGACUGCCAGUCUCGCAGCCCCGAACGCAGUCAGUGCGAGCACGUAUCCUCAAAUGUUCAAUUUGAGCAGCGAGCACGUACAGGCGCUUUUGCAUCCGGCAACAUCGGCCUCUAAUCUUAUGUCGCAUUCGCAAAGGCAUACACCACCUGUACAUAACUCAUCGCAUCCAAAGUUUCCACCGGCAUUGAUACCGGUCGUCAACGGAAGUUCUAAUAGCUCGAGAGAUUCGAGGGUACGGGGUCAAUUGACGAUGAUAGCGGAAACUGUAACAACGAAUUGUCAAGUACAGCCUUAUGGGCUCCAAAAGGCACUCGUCGAAGGCAAAAUGGUACCUUGCAUCAACUUCAAACCGUACAACUUUAAGGAAAUGUUGUUGAUGACUCUACCCGACUUUGUAUCUCAGUAUUUCCCCGCCUGCGACAUAAAUAGUUGCAGGCACGUUUUAAUGGACGUACUUGGCAUUGAAUUGUACCAAGGAAAUAGGUCGCAAAUGAAAAUGUUGAUGGAUGCAGGCAAGUGUUCGUCGUUGAACGAAGAGUUGCCUCUCAUUGAAGUCAGUAGUAUAAUGAAAUACAUGCCCCAGUUGAAAUACAUGUUCAAUCGGAACAUCGGGAUGCCAGCUCCGGCGCAUCUGUCCGAAGAGCAUCCGGCAAAGAAGCGUCAGCGUACCAGCUAGGAUUGGCUACAGCCUUACUGGCCCACCUACGAUUAUUAUCACUCGGCAUUUUAAAAGUGUUCGAGAGAUGAGACCGCAACAUUAAUCGCGUGUUGACGUGUUUUGUGAAUAUAUUUAUAUAUAUAUAUACCAUGUAUAAAUGAAUAUAUUUAUUUAUAUAUGAAUAUAUUUAUAUGAAUAUAUAUAUAAUGAAUGUUCGAAAGUGAAGCGUUUUAUGCGAUCUUGGCGUUUGGUAUUCGAAAAUAUGGACAACCACCAUCUACAGGAAGAAAAGAAAUGAAACGAGUAAACGAAUAAUAAAUACAAAAUGUAAAAAGUAAAGAAACGAAUAACAAUAAUGAACAAACACGCCGCGAUGAUCUGCGAUUCAUAUCGGGAAGGUGACGCUGGUGAACUCAGUGUUCAGACAGUUCGUGCACAUGUAAGGCUUAAAUAAUUCUCUGUAACAACACAAUCGCCAUCGGUCGAAAAUAGAUGAAAACGUACGAUUUAAUGAAUUUUAUGAAAAUCGCUAUCAACACGAACGUUACACGGUUGUACGAUUCCAAUACGUGUGUGUGUGUGUGUGUGUGUGUGUGUGUGUAUAUGCGGGGUAUGCGAGUAUGCGUGUGUUGUGAGUACGCGCGUGUGAUAUGUGAGUGAGUUGAUGCGCGAGUAAGGACAUUCAAACACGACAGUCAAAAUUUCGAGUGGACCCAUUAUAGACUACAAAACGCCUCAAUUAUCCCCUUUCGUAAGAAAAAACUUAAAAUUCUGUUGAAGUUGACAUCGUUCGAAUGCUACUACCUUUAUUUCUUUUAUUAUUUUCUCAUUAAAAAUCCCUUUUCGAAUGAUAUAUUCUUUUUUUUACAGCUUUUGCCCGGUCAGUCUUCUCGGAGGCCAGGGUUCAAUUAUGACUUAUUUUUGUUGCUUAACUACGUUAAAGAAGAAUAUGCGAUUCUAAUAAUGAAGGUUUUUUUGGUCGUAUUCUCGCGAUGGAAUCGUAUUGGACACCAUUUUGGAUAUGUGAAACCACUAUAUACUGGUCCUAAACGUUAAUAUUCAUAUUUCACUUAUCUUUUUCGAUUUUUUUUGUCUCAUCAGUCGCAAUCGAUUUUGUAAUUUUCGUCGCGCCAACCCGAAAAGACAUGUAAAAGUUUUGCAAGUUUCGAGCCUCGACACUUGGUAUAUAAUUUGCUAUGCAUAUAUGACGGUUUGGUGUGUAUGUAUGAAACAAAUGGGGGGGGAGGGGGGAGGGGAAUAUAUAUUAGACUACAAAACAGUUGAACCGAAAGCGAGUCCAGUGAAAUUCCAAAGAAUAAACAUUCAUUUAUUUACAUCUGUUAUAGAUGUUCGCUAAAUUUUAAGAGUAUGGAUCAGUGUCGGUAUAUCGCAACCAUGAAUGCGAGAGAGAGAGAUAGUUGCAAAUUUCGAUUUCGAACAUUCCAAGUGAGGUUAGCCGACUGAUUCAUACUCUUAUAAAUAUCGACAUGGCGAACGUCUUACCGAAUUAUUUAUGAAAACGAAAAGGCUUACUCGCAUUUCAUCGAAGAAAAUACAUUUUUAUGAGUACUAGACAUUACGAAUUCGAUUUUGUGUGGCUGAAGACGAAACAAAAAUAGAUACAACGUCCGUGUGACAAAGGGUUCUUGUGUCGAACAAAUCAUGAAGAAUCUAACGAUCGUUUUUCAUCAGCGCUUCUCCAUUUCAAAACUUUGAUGUUCGAGUGAUCGCCCAUACUUUUUUCAUACUCGAGUUCAUACAGUUAGAACAUAACCAAAUUUUUUUUAAAAGCUGUCAAAAUUGUUGCACUUAUUGGGGUCAUUGGAAGUACAGUUGCGGAACUUGGUUACAAUUUGUUAACAAGUUAGACUGAAAAAAUUUCGAAAAUUUCUUCAAUUGUAGAAAAGUUUAAAGAUAAAAAAAUUACAUUCGCUCUCAACGA